UCUAGUUCUUUUGAGUCUGGUACAGUUCAUCAAUGAUCGGGUUUAUCCAGAAAGCGACGCUUACGACCAAAAUAUCCAUUCAAAUGGUCGAUGAGAACUUAAAAACGCAGUAUUCAGCGAAGUUCCAUCCCAUUCAAACCAUUUGGCAUGUAAACUUAACGCCCAAUAGUCUACAUGCGCAGAUUAUUACUCAGAACAUCGUCCCACGAUGAUCGUCUCCCGAUCUAUCAGAUAUCCUACGCCGCCGCUCAAAACAGCCCCGUC